AUGUCAACAGAUAAAGUUAUUCCACCCGAACUCGAGAAAAAAUAUGUUCAUGAAAUAUACGAUUCGAUUGCCGAAUCUUUCAGUGCUUCCCGUUAUGCUCCCUGGCCGGGAGUGAUGAAAUUUCUCCAAAGCCUUCCUCCUGGUGCUUUUGGUGCAGAUAUUGGUUGUGGCAAUGGGAAAUAUUUAGUUGCCGUUGAUAAAGAGAAACUUCCUCUUGCCCCCCUUCUUGCUUCCGAUUCGAGCAUAAAGUUGCUCGAAUUGGUCAGAAAACGGGGGUUUGACGCAGUUGCUUCCAAUAUUCUAGCUCUUCCUUAUCGACCCGAAUCUCUAGACUAUUUUAUUUGCGUUGCCGUAUUGCAUCACCUGUCGACACCAGAGCGCCGCUUAGAGGGAAUUAUUUCAAUGAUGAAAAUGCUCAAAAUUGGCGGUCUUGGUUUGAUUCAAGUAUGGGCAAAGGACCAAAGCUGGAAAGGUCAAUGUGCGACAUAUGUGAAGAAGAGCGAUCUUGAAGAGAAUGUUCUUGAUGGCAAAGUCAUUCCCGGUGGAGGUAUUUUGCCCGUUCAGAAACCACGAACUCCUUUUGUUGCACCAGACAUUCUUUUACCUUGGAAAGCCGCCAAGCAGGAAGAUGAAAUAUUAGUUCGUUACUACCAUCUGUUUGAAGAAGGCGAACUGGAGAAGCUAAUCGCAUCAGUACCGUCCCUUGAACUUAUUGAGUGUGUCUACGAACAAGGAAAUUGGUCGGCAAUCGUUCAAAAAAUCGGAACUAAAACCUGA